AUGUUCGUCUGCUUUCACGAGAAGCAAAAAGUGGGCAGCUGUCUGUUUCAAAGUAACACAACUAGCAGUACGAUUGGAAAUCAAAAUUUCAAAUUGUUCAUCGGUCAUCACGCGGAUCGAUUGGUAUGCCAUCUGACCGUGGCAAAUGUGAAAUAUGAGCAAACCGGGGAGUACAGCUGUCGUACAGUUCAUCCUACGUCCGAGGGAGAGACCGCCUCCGCCUUAAUUCUGGUCUAUCAUCCAAUCAUUGAUGUGCACUUGGAGCUGACCAACGAAACAGCUCUGGCGGUCGGUCAGGAGACCACGGUACAGUGUGUUGCUCGAGGCGGUCAACCGAAUCCGGUUUUGCGUUUACAGCUGGGGGGCGAGCCAAUCACGAACACGAAAUUCAAACAGAAAUCAGACGCUGACGGGAUUCUCACUUCCACCGUGACUGCGGACUUGGUGCUGGAAAAUCAUCACAAUUGGAAUUUACUCACCUGCCAUGUGGAUAUGGAUGUUUAUCGAAAUGUGAAUCAGACGUUUCGGGUGUUACAUUUGAAUGGAUAUCGUCCACUGGAGUUGUGA